AUGUACAACAACGGCCGCGCCAAUACAGGAGUAUCGCCCGAACAACGGCAACCCGAUCCUCACAAUCGACCACCUGUCCACACACCGACGUCCGCACGAUCAAUGGCCGCCGCUGGCAUGGCAGACUACACCAAUAGGUUGGCCCCAUCUUAUCAGGCCGCCCCCGAUCCUCCAGGUGUCGGGGGCGGUGUAUGGGCGCCACCCGGACAAGGGGGCUUUCAACAGGCUCCGAUGUUCGCACCACUUGGCCCACCGAUGGGUUACGAUGCGGAAGGAAUGGGAAGAGACGCCCGGUAUGGAUAUCCCGGAGGCCAGCCGCAAGGAAUGAACGGUUAUCUACCCCGACUAGACAUGGGCUACAUGAACAUGGGAGGUGUCUGGGAUGACAACCAAACCUCGCCACAGCGGAGAGACGGCGAGCGUGGCCCCCUGUCCGCGGUGACAGACCCCGGUUCGCGCCCUCCGACGAGUGGGGCAAAUGGUGUUCCACCAGGCUACCCCGGCGGCGUUCAAGUGAAGGAGGAGCCACCGACCAAUGGCCAGCCCGUCGUCGCUCAGCCGCAGCAGCCCGAAGACGGCGAAAACAAGCCAGAUCACCGCAAGCGAAAACGCAACCGCACUAUCCGGUCCUGCGUGCCUUGUCACAAUCACAAGCGAAAGUGCGAUCGGAAACGUCCUUGCGGAAGAUGCACUGCUCUUGGCCUAACUGGAUCAUGCGUGUACGAAGUGGACGAGGCUCGUGAUCCGAACGACCCAGAUGUCAUCGAAACGGACCGAUUGCGUCGACGCAUCGCGGAAUUGGAGCAAGUCGUCCGCGAAUUGCGCCAACGGCACCCACCUCGUACAUCGGCCGCUCAGCAGGCUGCUCAACAGGCUGCUCAACAGGCUGCUCAACAGGCUGCUCAACAACAACAACAGCAGCAAGCCCAGGCCCAAGCUCAAGCCAACGAUGCAGACAAGCGCCGUGUCUUAGUUGACCGGUACGCUCGCUUCAAGUCGGGUGAGGUGGCCGGGAGAGCCGUGGUCCCUACCGCACCGAGCCUGCAUAGUAUGUCCGAACUCUCCCCAACGGCAUCCUCGGCUAGUGGUCGACGCGACCAUUAUACCGAGCCCUAUUCGGCACACGCACUUCCUGGUGAAGAGCUCGUCUCGGACCCCGCCGGCCGCAAGACCUGGCUGGGUACGCCUGCCGGCAAACCCAUGUUCAGACGUCUGCGUGAGAUUGUGCAUGGCAAGAAGAUCGACGGAACGCUUCCUGAGGACGCAGCUUUCACUGGUUGGUUCGCGUCCACUCGAAAGACGUACCCUUUCACCACCAUCUGGAGCCAUGACAACUUCAUCGACGAGAUCAUUGGCUUGUUACCCUCGGCGGAGGAGGCGGAGCUGCUCUACGAGUCCUUCAUCACCGAGAUCGGGUGCAUGUUCCAGGCCUGGCACGAGGGCAAUCUUCUGGCCGACUUCCGCGCAUUCUUCGCCUUGUCGGCCGCCGACAAGAAGACGCAGCCCCUCUCGCACUUGUCCCUUUUCAUCAUGAUCUGUGCGCUUGGCUCCAUGGUCCGAGCGAGCAGCAACGAGAUUAUGGGCGAGGGCAACGAGGGUUCGCCCACGUCCACUUCCCAGCGAAGUGAUAAGGGCGACUUGACUAGCAGCCGUCUCCAGAGCGAGCUGUACCUGUCUGCCGCUUAUCAGGCCCUGCGCCUGUGCUCGUUCCAGUCCAGCCCCACUAUUGCCACAGUGCAGUCCCAAUUCCUCGUUUGUGUGUACCUGCUCCACAGUGAAAGGGCCGCCGACUCUUGGGGCCUGACUGGAAGCCUGGUCAGGCAGUGCAUUGCCAUGGGCUUGCACGUCGAUCCGACUCACCUCGAUCCCAAGGUUAGCCAGAAGGAGGCGGAGAUCAAGCGACGUAUCUGGUGGUCUGUGGCUGGCCUCGACGCGCUUCUCUGCGUUUCGUUCGGUCGACCGACCAUGAUCAACUACUACACUUGUGCCCUGCCACAAGACGUGACCGAGGAGUCGCUGUCCGAGGAGACGGGUUCCGCAGUCCAGGCCAUGAUCCCUCCGCCCUCCAACGCACUGGGACCAGAGACCACCGACGAGACAUUCCACGCCGCGCUCUUCCAGCUCACGUUGCCAUCGGUUGAGCUGCUGAACCGUGUCUUCCACGUUUCGCCUCUCGUCGCGCGCAAUGCGUUCAUGGGUUGGUUCACGCCAUCCACCUUUGAGGAGCCCACCGUGCCUCCUACCGUGGUCGGCAACUCGUACGAGGAUGCCAUCCGACUCGGUCGCGACAUCUUCGACUGGUAUGACCACCUGCCCGAGGGCAUCAAGUUCGACCCCUCAAAAGACCUCGACCAGCUCCAAGGUCGUUCCGGCGUCCGCAUCAAUCAGACCCUUGCGCUGUGUGUCAAGACCUUCAUUCUUGUCCUCAUUCUCCACCGUCCCUACCUGCGAGCGGACCCCUCGGCGUACCCCGAGUCGUCGUCGCUCUGUGCUCGUUCUGCUCACAUCAUCCUCCAGGCGUACCACGCUAUGGCUCGGAGCAAGUCCACGAUUGCGUGGUCGUGGUGGACAAUGUCGUAUCGCGCCUUCCACGCCGGUACCGUGUGCGCCUUCCUUGCGAUCCGCGAGCCCGGAACCGCCCUUGCCGAACGCUGCCUUGCCGACCUCCGGUCUGCGAUUGCAAUCUUCGAAGAUCGAACUCAGAACUGGAACAUCUUGCACCCAGUCCAGUCCGACCUUUGCACUGGUCUCGUUCGGUUAGAGAAGCUGGCGACGGCGGCUGCGGCCACGUCGCCGGGCUUGGGGGUUGUGAGCCAACAAGGUGCGCACUCUUCGGCGAACGGCACUGGCGGUGCCGGCAACGGUCUUGGGACACCACAACUCCAGGACCAGCCUAUUUUCCCAGGCUUAUCGUUAGACCCACACUCGGUCCCUGCCUUCCCGAGUGCGAUGAACGCCGAGGACCACGAGCGCCAGCACAUGGGCGAGGGCUCGACCGGGUCGGCCAACAGCCCGCCAGGUCUACUCCGCCGCGAGUCCGGCCCCUUCUUACAGCCGUGGGCUUUACCCGAGAAACAGGUCAAUUGUCCCUACGGCCACACGGAGAGCCUGGCUCUGCCUCAGAUCUGGGCGUCCAUGUUCAACAUCAAGAUGGACGAGCCGGGCGUCAACGAAAGCAUGGGUCCGCCGCAAAUGCAGACGCAGCCCUCCGCCGUGUCGGCGCAUCCGCACUGA